UGUCAGUCUUCAACUCGCAGCGCGUUCGAAUGGUCGAUCUUUGGACCCGCGGCUUGGAUUAUUUAGCAGUCUGAAGAAAUAGUGUAGAAACCGCGCGACAAGUGGGACAGAGUGAGACACGCGGCGAACGAAACGGAAGAAAAGACGUCCCCUUUGCUCCGGGGUGCGGGAAAAAAGGGUGCCAGUGAGAGCGAGAAAGCAAAACAUAAAACAUAGCCACACGAGAUAUUAUAACGGGGUCCGAAGGAAUUUUCGAAUCUUGGAAUCAAACUUAAGCGUGUGGGGUGUCAAGUGUGUGUUUGGUGCUCGUGCGGUGAUAUUUUUUUUUUGAGAUAUAGUGCAUUGUCGAUCGGGAUCGUGAUCCGGAUCCAGUGUGGAGUCGGAUUUCUGAGGCUGCUGUGCGGUGCAAUCUAAUGUGCAUCGCGUCUGCUUCGUCAUCACCGCAAUGCCCACUAGAUGGAUACUUCUGUUCCUGGCAACGGCCGCUGCCAUAGGUACCUACGUGCACGCUUGGCGACCCUGUCCGGAGUUGGACGCUGCGAUCAAACUUCCCUGCCGAUGCAACAUCGAAGCAGUGGGUAACAAUAGCCAGUAUGGAUUCAUCGCCGUGGACUGCGAACGAACUGCACUAACGGGCGGCUUCCCGGCCGGCCUGCCGGUCAUUUCACUCUCACACAAAAGCAGUGGACUCUCCGCUAUUCCGGACCUCUCGAUGCUGAAUGCUGCCAUUAGACGACUAGACUUUUCGAACAAUGCAGUCCGAUCACUGCCGGAUAAGGCUUUCUCCGGUGUUGGGGAACACAUAACCGAAUUGCGUUUGGCCAACAACCUGCUCGGAGACAACCUGAACCCGAUCUUCUCUACGACCGAACUGCAAACGCUGAAGAACCUCAAGCUUCUGGACCUGUCCCAUAACCAGCUGAUGGCCUUGGACGAGGGAAUCUUCGUAGGCUGCCGCAAGUUGCAGGACAUUCAACUGGACGGCAACAAGCUGUCCGAUGUGCCGGCCACAUCCUUCAAGGAUCUACCCGCGCUGCGGUUGAUCUCCCUUCGGAACAAUCUGAUCGAAAACGUUUCGGCCGAGUCGUUCGAGUUCUCGAACAAACUGGAACGGAUAGAUUUGCGUUACAACCGGAUUCAUACGCUGAAAUCGAAUGCGUUUUCGAGCUUGCCGACUAUGAAGGAGCUGCUGCUCGCCGGGAAUUUGAUCAGCGUAGUGGAUGAACGAGCCUUCAUGGGAGCCGACUCGAUCCAAAAGCUUGAUCUCUCGGAUAACUUGAUCGGCGAAUUCCCAACGGCUGCUCUGAGCUCCAUCGAAUCACUCAAGGUGUUGAAUCUUUCACUGAACAACAUCGACAAGCUGGAAUCGAAACAUUUGCAGCAGUUGAAGAACCUUCAAAUUUUGGACAUUAGUCGCAACGUGAUUGCAUCGGUUUUACCGGGGACAUUCCGGGAACAAACAUUACUGAAAUAUUUGGAUCUCAGCCUCAACUCACUGCGAACAAUCGAAGACGACGCUUUCGAAGGCUUGGAUAACCUCCAGACGCUGAUCUUGCGGGACAAUAAUAUCUUGCUAAUCCCAGGAAGCGCCUUGGGUAGACUUCCUCGAUUGUCCAACCUCUAUUUGGACUUCAACCGAGUGGCAGCACUUUCGUCGAGUAUCUUGAAAUCAAUCCAACCGGAGAACAUCCGGUAUCUUUCACUUUCACGGAACGUCAUUCGUGAGCUUCCCGCUAAUAGCUUCACAUCGUUCCGGAAGCUGAUCUACCUGGAUAUUUCUGGAAACAGCCUGGGAGUGAUCAACGAAGAUACCUUCGCUGGAUUGGACAACACUCUGAUGGAGAUCAAAAUGUCGUACAACAAAAUCUCAACCUUCCGGAAAAUUGUACUGCCUAAACUACGCCGUCUGGAUAUCAGCUCCAACAGCAUCGAUGAUCUGGCGGUUGACGCUUUCCACGGACUGAGCAAUCUCCUAUAUCUGAACAUGAGCGGCAACGAGCACGUCACGCAAAUCACUCGCACCAUGAUCUACCCGUUGAACAAACUUCAGGUGAUUGACAUGAGCAACUGCGGUCUGAAAGGGGUUCAGUCGGACCUGUUCCACAACAACACCGAAUUGAGGAUCGUGCUCCUGAGUCACAACCACUUGAAGUCCGUGGACGAAAACACCUUCAUGGCGCUGAACAGUUUGUUCAACGUUGACCUGUCGCACAACGAAAUCACGGCGAUCAAGCCCCGAUCGUUCAUCAAUACGGUCAAUCUGAGGACGUUGAACCUGCGUGGAAACAGCCUGAAGGAAUUCAAGGCCGACAUCUUCAACAGCGAAACGGCUAUGGAGACACUUGAUCUUUCGGAAAACGAAAUCACGGCUUUUGCUUCGAGCACCUUCCGCAUUCAUCCACGGUUGCGAAAGAUAAUCCUCGCCAAGAACAACAUCCAGCGAUUUGCUCCCGAGUUGACUAACACGCUGGAGUUCUUGGAGGUGAUCGAUCUCAGCGGAAAUCAGCUGAUAACGAUCGACCAACUGGACUUUGCUCGGUAUAUCAACCUGAGGGAGCUAUACUUUGCAAACAAUCAGAUCGAGUUGGUCAACGAUAUGGCAUUCCACAACUCGACCCAACUGCAGAUCAUCGAUUUGAGCCAAAACAGGCUCGAUCGGUUGACUGAACGGAUCUUCGAAGGUUUGACGCGCUUGGAACGAUUGGAUAUGAGCGACAAUCCGCUGCAUGAGCUUCCGGAGAGCUUGUUUGACAAGAGUCGCAUUCAGAAGGUGGAACAUUUGAUUUUGAGGAACAAUUCCUUCAAGUCGAUUCCGUUCAAUGCGCUAAAAGAUCAGUAUGAUAGUAUAUACACGUUGGAUAUGAGUAACAACCAGUUGAAGGAUAUUCCGUCGACUAACACUUACAUGGUGAUGGUGAACAUCAAGAACAUCGACUUUUCGUUCAAUCCAUUGUCCGAACAGGCAAUCAAAAUGCUGCUAGAACAGCCGAAAACCGCGAGGAAGAUUAACUUGGCUGGAACGGGAAUCGAGCGGUUGCCAAUCUUGGAGACUCCGUAUUUGCAGUUUUUGAAUUUGUCCAUGAAUAACAUUAGCGCUGUGGGAGAUCGGGUGUUUGAGAAGACCACCUUGCUGGAAGUGUUGGACCUUUCGUCGAACAGCUUGGAAAACAUCGAUGCAAUGAAGCAAGUCUGGCCCAAGCUGGGUUUGUUGAGCUAUUUGGAUCUAUCGAAGAACCCAAUCAAGAUGAUCAUGGCCCACGCGUUCGAUUCUCUUGAGGCGCUUAAAGUAUUGAAGAUCCGCGAUCUUGGAGAGAUUACUCGACUGGAAAAGAAUGCCUUCAAGCCGUUGAAUAGCCUGUCGGUGUUAGAGGCCUUCAAUUUUGCGAAACUGGGAUACAUAGAUGUUCAAGGAAUCCUUCAAGAGUUGCCGUCACUUGCCGCAAUCGACAUCGAAGUGAAGGACUCGGUUCUGGAAUCGGAUCAGCUUCAAGUUAUCGACCACCCCAAGUUGCACUGUUUGGGUCUGUACGGAAGGAUGCUACAGAGCUUGUCUUCCGGAAGCUUCGCAGGGCUGAGGAACAAAUAUUUGAGUGUGAGUUUGAAGAAUACCUCAGUUACUACGUUGCCGCCAGCUCUGUUGUUCCCACUACCACGAUCUUCGCACAUUGAUUUGGAUAUCUCCGGAUCGAAGAUCACGACGUUGAAUCAGCCUUUCCUGAGUUCUAUGGAUGACCGCAAGAAUAGUUUGACCAUCACCGGCUUGGACGCCAAUCCAGUACGGUGCGACUGCCAAGCUCGAGCCUUCAGACGAUGGAUAAUGGCUGCCAAGAUCAUGGGGGUGAAGUGCGCUUCACCUGAAGGGGUUCAAGGGCGAUUGUUGAUUGAAGUUGGAGAUAAUGAGUUGGUGUGCGAUCAGAAGAAACCUACGACGACCACGACAACAACCAGAACAUCUACGAUCACGUUUACUAAUUACACGUCUGGAUUUACCCAGGUCAUUACCAAAGUGACUCCCACGACAGAACAGGACAUCAUUUGGAGUGUUGCACCGACGGCCAAGACCAAGGCCAAGACGAAGAUGCCCCCGAUGAAGCAGAUGCCGAUCACCAACGACGAUAUGCUAAUUAUUGGAAUCGUGGGUGGAGUGAUCGCGUUCAUCUUCUUGCUGGUUGUAAUUAUUUGUAUCUGUAGAGUACGGAUGAACAACGAUACCUAUCGGGGUCCUCCGAUAGGAAUGUCUACAAUGCACCCCAACGGCAUGCAAGUGAACUACAAGAGCGGCAAAGGAACUCCAAUCUAUCCGAUGGUUGCUCCAUACGGACAGAACUAUGCAACGUUACCUUACAAGCAAAGCUCAUCGCCGGACGCUCAGCCUCGACCCAAUUAUUCGACAAUCGGACGAAUUCCCUACCAAUACCAAAACCAACACAUGAUGCCACCACCUUCGCAACUCUCUGCAGCGUCGAUGCACUCGGUACACUCAGCCCAGAAUCCGUACAUGGCCUAUCAGGACGACAAAGCCUAUCGAUAGUCUCCGUUCCACUCCAGAAAUCCCCCAAUUCCUCAUUUUUGAGAUUUUUCUUUUAGCCCUUAAUUUAUUUAUAACUGCUAAGUACAAUGUUCUGUAUUUUUAAACCCUAAUCGUAGAACAAGAAGAAACUGCCAAUCUCUUGUCACUCUGUCUAUAGGAAAUCUUCCGACCUGCAGGAUAUUAGGAGUGUGACAGGAAGUCAUUACUUAGAACAAAAAAAAAACGAAAAUGCUCAAAUCUAUGAUUACACUAAGUC